ACGUGAGCGAGAUCCGCGUUCACGUGUUCAGCGUCAAACUGUCGCAGCGUGAGGGAAGCGGAACGAGUUCAGGUUGUCGGUGCCAAAAUCCACCUGAAAGCGGAUAAAUUAACCUGACAGCGAGAAGAUGUGGAAGUCGGUCGUGGGCCACGAUGUGAGCAUGAAGGUGGCUGCAGAGGGGGACGACUGGGAGACGGACCCUGACUUUGAGAACGACGUGUCGGAACAGGAGCAGAGGUGGGGAGCAAAGACCAUCGAGGGCUCGGGGCGAAAGGAGCACAUCAGCAUCGCGGAGCUCAGAGACAAAGUGGCCGUGGAGCACGAGCAGGUCAAGCAGAAGGACCACACCCCCAAAGCCUCGUACGGCUACGGAGGCAAGUUCGGGGUCGAAAAGGACCGGAUGGACAAGGUGGCUCUGGGGAACGACUACGUGGCGCAGGUGGAGCAGCACUCCUCCCAGAAGGACGCCGCGCGGGGCUUCGGCGGGAAAUUCGGCGUUCAGAAGGACCGAGUGGACAAGUCAGCCAUGGGCUUUGAAUACAAAGGGGAGGUGCAGCAACACGCAUCUCAGAAAGGUGAGCCGCCCCCCCCCCCCCCCCCCCCCCCUCCCCUCACCAGAAUUCCCUUUGACCCCGAGGCGCCACGCGACGUAAUGUCCCUUAACGUCCACGUUGUGCUUUCAGACCACUCGAAGGGGUUCGGAGGGAAGUACGGUGUGGAGAAGGAGAAGGUGGACAAGGCGGCUUUGGGGUACGACUACAAAGGAGAAACGGAGAAGCACCAGUCCCAAAAAGAUUACUCAAAGGGAUUCGGGGGGAAGUUUGGCGUGGAGAAGGACAACGUGGAUAAAGCCGCUCUGGGCUACGACUACAAGAGCAAGACGGAGAAGCACCAGUCACAGAAAGAUUAUUCUGCAGGUUUCGGGGGUCGCUAUGGAGUCCAGGCGGACCGCAUGGAUAAGAGCGCAGUCGGCUUCUCCGACAUGGACGCCCCCACCUCUGCCUACGAAAAGACGCAACCAGUGGAGGCCUCAAGCGCGGGCGCGGGAAAGCUGAAGGCCCGCUUCGAGAACAUGGCCAAAGCGUCCGACGAGGAGAACAAGAAGAAGGCGGACGAAGAGCGAGCGAGGAGACAGGCCAGAGAGGGCAGAGAGCGAGAGGUGGCGGCGCGCAGACAGGAGGAGGAGAGCAGGCGAGAGGAGGAACGCGUUCCGCCGUCUUUCCCGGACGAGGCCGAGGACGAGGCCCCGGACGCCGAGGACAAAAUGCCGCCGCCUGAAAUCCACCACCACAUGCCGGAGAUCCAAGAGAUACCGGAGCCUGAGGAGGAACCGGAUUACGAGGAGCCCCCGGCCCUGCCUCCGCGCUUGGAUUCUCCUCCUCCUCCGGUACCCGGCGCUCAGGCACCUCUGGAGGAGGACGGAGAGCCCGAUGACCCGCCUCCUCUUCCGCCGCCGGUUGAUGACUAUGAAGACAUGUCGACCAGCCCGCAGGCCGUUGCGAUUUACGACUAUCAAGGAGAGGAUGACGAUGAGAUCUCCUUCAACCCGGAUGACGUCAUCACCCACAUAGAGAUGAUCGACGAGGGCUGGUGGAAGGGCCAGUGUAACGGACGCGUGGGUCUCUUCCCGUCUGCUUACGUUCAGCUGAGGCAGUGAGCGACGUCUCUCCGUUUGUUCAGCAGAGGAAAUCAAUUUUAGCGCCGUAUUUAUGGAAUAAUUCACAAAAAUUGAGUUGGAGCCAACUUUUAGUUUUGUGUGAUGACCAUAUUAGAAAAACAUGGGAGUUAAAUCUUGUGUCUGCAAUAUGCUGAUUGCAAUGAUUGGAAUCUUCUAGUAGCGAACUCCUUUGUGUCGUCGACUCGUCAUCAGUGAACAUUUUCGCUGAGAACGUUAUUUUAAUGUGAUCAUUAUUAUUUUUCAAAUUAUUCAAAAAUACAAAAUCUGUUAAUAAAGUCAUUGUUUAUCUUCAA